AUGGCAAGUCCACCUCAAAAUUCCGACGAAACGUUUCCACCGGCCGAUCUUGCUGGAGAAUUGAAUCCUGGAAACAAUAUGGAGGUUCAAGUCGAUCCUAUAUCUUCUGAGGUUGCUACCACCAAGGAAAUGGAGGAGGAAGUUGCAGCCACAGAGGAAAAAAAGGAAAGAGAAAAGAAGGAAUGUUUGGAUAAAUUAAAAUCUGCGAUUAUAAUUUCAGGCAUAAUUGUGGCUGUGGUGGGAGCAGCAUUUGCAAUAACCAAGAAAUUAAAAGAGAAGUGA